ACUCUGUGAAAUGGUUCGGCCCUGGGGUUACAGGAAGUUGUAGCAGCUGCCAUGUUGAGCUGCUUUGUUGUAGAUUUCUUGUAGGUUUUCCAGCAGAUUUUUUUUUAAAGUGUGGCAAUGGAGCCGAGCUGGAGUACCUUCUUGUUUCAGCAGGCCAAUGACGCCCUGCACCACCAGCACCAGGUGGGCCCGAACAGCCUGCUGCCGCUGCUGAAUGCCAGCACCGAGCCGCAGGAUCAGAAGCCCAUCAUGCCCAUCCCGCUCGAUCAGAAGCCCCCAGUGAGCUCCGCCGACCUCCUCAAGGACAGCAUGGGCAGCGGGACGGGCGUCGGAGGAGGAGGGGGCGGAGGGGGCCAUGGUGGCGGAGGAGGCGGCAUCGGGGGACCAAUGCCCAUAGUGAAGAAAGAACCCAAAAGCAAAACGCCGUUUAUCUGCGGCUACUGCAACAAGGCCUUCCGAGACAGCUACCACUUGCGACGGCACGAGUCGUGUCACACCGGCGUCAAGAUGGUGUCGCGACCUAAAAAGACAGCACAAACGACGGCGCCCACCAUGGUGCCACUGCUCUCUAGCAUGACAAGAGAAAACAACGCUAACCCCUCGUACGUCCUCACUACUGCCGCGACGUCAGCCUCGGUUGCCAUGGUGCCGACCUCCACGGUUGGCGCAUGCCAGCCGAGUGUGCCCAAGAAGCCGGCCAAGCCUGUGAAGAAGAACCAUGGGUGCGAGAUGUGCGGCAAGGCUUUCCGAGAUGUCUACCACCUGAACCGGCACAAGUUGUCCCACUCAGACGAGAAGCCAUUCGAGUGCCCAAUCUGCCAGCAACGUUUCAAGAGGAAAGACCGCAUGACGUACCACGUACGCUCACACGACGGCGGCGUGCACAAGCCCUACGUCUGCUCGGUCUGUGGGAAGGGCUUCUCCAGGCCUGAUCAUCUCAGCUGCCAUGUCAAACAUGUGCAUUCGUCAGAGAGACCGUUUAAAUGCCAAGUAACGGCCUGCACAUCGGCCUUCGCCACCAAAGACAGACUGCGCUCUCACAUGAUCCGGCACGAGGGCAAGGUCACGUGCAACAUCUGCGGCAAGAUGCUCAGCGCCGCCUACAUCACCAGCCACUUAAAGACGCACGGCCAGACCAACUUCAACAACUCCUGCAACAAAGGGGACUGGCAGUGGAACUCCUCAGGGCUGCAAAAAGACAACACUGAGGUGUGCCACUCGGGCACAGCCACGUCCGUCACGGUCUCUGCACCUGCCACUACGCCGAUGAGCCGUGCCAACGCCAGCACGGCCGUGACCAUCGGGGCUCAGAUGAACCUGAGCACCACAGUAAACACGGUGAACAUCACAUCAGCGCCGGUGAGCCUGCAGCACCCGGUGACCAUCACAGGCCCGGUUAACAUCGCCUCGGUGAACAUCCCAGCCACGGCGUCGCCCAUGAACAUCGCCCAUCCAGUGGCCAUCACCACGCCCAUGCCCAUGAACAUCGCCGCGCCGCUCAACAUCGCCAUGCGGCCCAUGGAGAGCAUGCCCUUCCUCUCGCAGGUCCUGCCCUCCUCGCCUCCGUGGUGAACCACACUUGAGCUGAUCUUAACCUGAUUCUCCUAACCAGCUGACUCCGCCCCCUCCCCAGCCAAUGAGUGUUUACUCUUGUGGCGCGGUCAUACAGCCGCAUCACAAGCAACGCUGCAACGACGGUGGAGUUUUAUACAGAGUUUUUGUGAAGGAUUUCUUACCUAGAUUUAAUUCGUUCAUGGUUUGAUGACCUAAAGGACGAAUAUUUAGCGACACUGAGCACGCAGACCUCACUGAGGUUAUUCAAAGACAAAUGCAAUAAGUGCUGAUAUUUUUUUCUAUAUAUUAUUUUUCCUUCCCAGAACACUGGGAUUUCUUUUUAUGUUGUUUAGCUGUAGCAUGCUAAUCAGUAUUUAAUUAUUUUUAUUUUAUUUUUUUUUUAAAGGAAAUGAGUUCUAAAGGGAUAAAGGCUUUUACUGAGAGGGAGGUUUUUAAAUGUUUUACAGAAAAGGGUGGGUGAUUUAUGAUUUGAGGUACAGUAACUGUAUUUUAUUGUACAGUUGCCUAUGCUGGUGUUUGCGUUUUAACCGACUACAAUUGUGAACUUUUUUUUUUUUUUUAAUUCUUCGGCUGAAGUGUUCUGACACUGACUCAUGACUGUUAUUUUCUCCAUGCUCUUUUUAUUAAGGAUGGCUGGGGUGUGCUUUGUUUACUCGAUCGUCAACAGUUAGGAUUCACUUUUUUUUUAAAAUCAGGAACAGAUAGAGGAAAGAUUCUUGCACUGAAAGCAUAUCCCUUGUGUACAACAACAGUAUUAUCAAAGAUCAAACCUGUUUCGGGAACCAGCCUGGACAGAACCGGGCCGUCUAGUGACUGGCGAAAGCUGCACCUCAAAAGUUCAGUUUGAUUUGGACUGGAUUCAUGUCGAAAGACUAGUAGGUAGUGUUUUAUACCCUUGUUUUUAAUCUUACCAUGAACUUUAUUCUUUUUUGUUCUUUUAACAAGGGCCCUGUUAGGAGGAAUUUUCUGCUCAGGAAACCCAGUAAACUACUUUAUAUUUUAUUUUAAUAAUAAUAUCCAGCAUCCUGGAAUCUUGUUCUUAUUUUGUAAAUAUUUAUUUCUCCAUGCACCCUUUUCCCUCAAGAUGGUGGGGGGAACACUGAACAACAGUUCUCCCCAUCCAUGUUUAAUGGAACGCUUCCGUCUUGGUCCUUAAUGAGAAAUCAGACUCCCUUGCUUUGCCUUGUGCGGUAUUAAGCACGCCCUCAUCGGCUUUCCAACAGGAUUUCGAUGUGCAUGUCUCGAGUGGCCACUUGCAGCAAAAGCAAUGUCAUUAAAGCAAUUUCCUUUAUACUAUGUGCAAGGUUAUGCUGGAUUCCUAAUCAACUACUAUGCUAUUCAAACAAGCCUAGGUACUCUAGUUUUGUCUUUAAACGUGACCAACGAACGCUGAGUUUCCGAGGAAGACGCUGAUUAACUGCUAUGGCAAACGGCCAGCGCUUACUCAAUACUGACUGCUUCCAAAAAAAUGUAUAAAGGCGUGAGCUUGCUUCAAUUCAUCGACGACAUCUCGCUCUCAAAAGCUUAUUGUCCUGGUUUUCAAAAGCAUAUCGUCCCAUUUACAGGAAAAUGCAGAAAGCCAGUCACAUUGCAGGCUUUAAAAGCUGUGGGCGGAGCAUCUAACACUAAGACUUACUGUUAGCAGAGUAAUAGUAAAUGGAUUUCCAUCAUCGUUCCUGUCCAGAUGGCGAGAUUGGCCAAAUUACCAUAUGAAUGUGGUAAAUUAAAUGUUAUCUUUUUUAAAUAUUAAAUAUUUCGUUGGUCACGUUGACAUUCCUAAGCAGCGUCAUCAAUGAAAUUGUGUCCUAUUGCAAUAUCGGCUACUCCUGAAAUCUGCAAGGCCUCGGCAUACUUCAUGUGGAGACAACGUUCAGCUAGCUUCCACUGACGAUAUGUAAUUGCGGAGCACUCGAAUGUCGUGCGGAGGCUUUGCUCGCCGUGUCGUGAACAUGGUAGCUGGGCAGCACGCAAUCGAGCCGGUGAUUAUUUGUUACAAACAAGCCAAUUCAGUCCAAGAUGGAUGACUUUGAGUCACAGCAACCUUGUUCAUGUAGUCAAUGCAAUUUAACAGCGCCACCUGCAGUACUGGAGCACUUGUACUUGAUGGCCAGAGAGUACGUACGCAUGUAAGCACAUGAAGGUGGUUUCAUCUCCGCAUUAAGUACGCUGAGGCCUUUAGGAUGACUUGAUCCCUCGGAUCUCCAAGCCGUCUGGAUUGAAAUGGCCUUUUUAAGAUGGCGAUGGAGUUUCCUUUAAGGGGAAAGGGAAGUCAACGAGGGCGUCAUGUUUACAAACUGGAUGUAGGUUAGGGAAAACUGUUGUUUUUUUUUUCUCUCUCAAAAUCAGAGGAUUUUUCUCAGUGUCAGAGUGUCACCUGUAUUUGGAUUCAGGAGUGUCACUACUCAAAACACGCUUUAUAAGAGACGAGUCCAGAAGGACGCAUCCACUGUUGGUCACUACGAGGGUUUCGGAGCCCUGCCAAUGUGAGUCAAGGUACACUGUGUGAACCACUAUCGGUGCACAGCUUUGUGAUAGUAUUUUUUUAAUUUUUUUUUUUUUAUUUGAAUGAUUCUGCAACUCGUUCCAUGUCACUAAAGUGUGGACCUCCGGUGAGGAAGUGAGUGAGUGGUGCAGAGACAACACUAAUUUCGGGGUUUUCUUUUGUAAGUUUUUGGUCAGUAGUUUCAGGCAUGUGCCGAUAAUCGGUUUUACAUGUGCCGAUACUGCAAUAAUCACAUGCACAAUAUUCUUAUUGUUAUUGUGGAUAUGAUCCAUACGGGAUCCAGGCUUUUAUAUAUAUAUAAAGGCAGCAUCUUAUGUGUCAAGUUUAAAAAGAAGUUCUCUGCCUUAAUAAAUUGCUGUAAACUGUAAGAAAAGUUUAUCCAAAUUUAAUAUCGGCACAUGCCUAAGUAGUCCUGAAGUGGACACUGAUAUCAAACACAUUUUGUGUGAUCAUGCUCUGUGAGGAAUUACAUUCCCCCAUCCCAAAAAAACAGAA